AAAAAUGAAACUAAUAAAAGAUAUUGGAGUAGAUCACGUUUAAAGGGAGGAAUCGCGUCCAACCUUUUGAAAAUUUAGUAUAAAACAUUAAUGGCAAAAUUAACUUUAAAUAUUGCUAAAGAAAUUGCACGUAGUAGAGGAGGUGAAUGCAUCUCUGAAAGUUAUAUCAAUUGUCAGAUGCCAAUGUUUUGGAAAUGUGCUAAGGAUCAUUUGUGGUCUGCAAGACUUAGUAGUGUAAAGAAUGAAAAUACAUGGUGCCCACGGUGCGCAGUUGAAAAUCGUCGUACUCGAACAAUUGAAGAUAUGAAGAACUUAGAGCUCCGAAUGGGUCAGGUCAGCUCUAUGAAGAAGUUUGCAGAAAAGAAAGGAGGCUUUUGCCUUACAGCUGAGUAUGUUAAUAGACGGGAUCCUCUUAAAUGGCAGUGUAAAGAAGGACAUAAGUGGAAGGCUUCGGCAAAAGAUAUUCUUAAGGGAACUUGGUGUCGAAGGUGCAGUAUACUAGGUCGAAAACAUGUUAUACCAGAUAAAAAACCUAUCCCGGUACAAAGACACGAUCAUGUUACACAUCAAUCUAUUGAUAUAGCAAAUAGUAUUGCACAAGAACGAGGUGGUAAGUGCCUUUCUACAGAAUAUGUUAAUGCAAAUACUCAAAUGCUUUGGAUAAAGGUCAUAAAUGUCAUAACUAACAUUCUUGGCCCACCUUCCAGCGUGCGCCGACCAGAUUUCUUGAAAAUACCUGAACACCCUCGAGGACUAGAACUCGACAUCUACUAUCCACAGUAUGGAUUUGCUAUAGAGGUACAGGGAAAACAACAUGAGCAACAUGUAAAAUACUUUCACAAAGAUCCGGAAGAGUUUGAAAAACAGUUGAUGCGUGAUCAGCUCAAAAAAGAACUUUGCGAGAAGAAUUCAAUUGUUUUAAGAUAUGUUUGGUAUUACGAGGAUCCAUACAAAGUUAUUCCAAAUCAUCUUCGAGAGUUGGGUCUCAUUGAAUAAAUCCAAAACUUUAAAUGCUUU